CAGUAAGCGGUCUUGCUCGGCAUCUCAAGCUAGCAGCAAUCUAUCAAAUCGGGUGUAUCGUCAUAUUAUUCUUCGCGACUACGGAACUCCUAUCUACAAAGCUAACUCUCGAACGUCUCUACUUGCCGCGUUUGACGGCUGCAUCGAAGGGCACGAGUCUCUACGCAAGGCUGGCAUCCUCCACAGAGACAUCUCCAUCAACAACCUCUUGAUCAACGAGGACACGAAUAAUCCCCCCUAGCCUUCGCUUUGAUUGACCUGGAUCUCGCCAUCAAAAUGGAUCGAGUAGGUGCGUCGGGAGCCAAAUGGAAGACCGGCACGAGGGCGUUUAUGGCGAUCGGGGCGCUUCUAGGCGAGCAGCAUUCUUUCAUGCAUGAUCUCGAGUCAUUCUUCUGGGUGCUGUUCUGGAUAUUCAUCAAGUCCGCUAAGAAUAAUUUCACUCCUUAUCAUCAGCCAUUAAUACCUUGGGUCAACCGAUUACGGAAAGCUGUAUUUCCAAAUGGUGGGAGUUGGGAGAGGGAGGACGGAGGGUUAUAUGUUCGGAUGCGGCAGAUCCUCCAGGAAGCCCAAGAGGAUCUGUCACCUGAUAAUUGAGCCACAUCCGAGCCAUAACCAAGUUGAACCUUAAAAGGCCCUCUAUGACGCUCACUUCCUAGUAUCACAAAAUUUCCUUUGUUUUACUUUUUGGGUAUAAAUAGUGGCUUCUUUUCCUGCAUCUCUAGAC